AUGAAAAUUGAUCGAUCAAAAUUAAAAAAAUAUCUACCGGAACCACCGGCUGAUUGUAAAUUAUUUAUUGAUAAAUUAAAAAGUUGUGAUCGAAAAGAACUUCAUGACCUAUUAAAACCAAUCACCAUUUGGCAUAUUGGAAAAUGUGAACUAUAUCAUUGGAUUGAUGCAUUGGAUUUAUUUGAUUCAAUUUUAGAAGAAGCCUGUAUUAAAACGGGUACAUGGAUGCUCAAUUGUGACAAACCAGAAAAUGGAGAGUUAAAAAUCUUAGUGCUUGAUAUUCUUCAUUUUACGGCGUUAUUAAUUGAACAUUCAUAUUCUCGUCAUUUAUAUAAUUCAAUUGAAUAUUUAAUUAUGUUAUUACAAUCAUCUGAUGUACAUAUUGUACUUGGUGUUCUAUCACUUCUAUAUGUAUUCAGUAAACGUUCAAAUUUUAUUACAAGACUUCAAAUUGAUAAAAAACAAGCAUUAAUUGGUCGACUUAUUUUCUUAGCUGAAACCUGGGGUGGACGAGAGAAUGGUUUCGAUUUAGCUCGUUGUUGUAGUGUUCGAAAUCCAUCAGAUUUUCCUGAACAUGCAACAAAUCUACAUUUUGCUUAUACAGUGCCAUCAGAAUCAACAUCAAAUAGUGGACCAACAUUGCAAAUUUCAAAACAAAUCGAUAUACCUAAUGUUCAUUCAGCUGGAAUUAAUGCUGCUGCUGUAAUGGAAAUGGUUCUUGCUGAACAUCCAUUACCAGAAGAUAAACAAAUAAAAUUAUUUACACAUCUUCGUUUAGCUUAUGCAUUUCCGUCAUUUGAUCAACGUUUAUUAUGUAUUCAAGCACGACUACAAGCAUUAUCUAUUCUUAUUUAUUCUUCAGGAAUGCAAGAAGCAAAUAAUGUUUUAUAUGAUGGUUUAAUUGAAGAACUUGUUGAAGUAUUAAAUGUUCGUGAUCCAACAUUAACAGAUAUAAAAGCUUCAGCAUUAAAAACUUUAACAUCAAUAAUUCAUCUUGAACGAACAACAAAACAUCCACCACGUUUACAAGAAAUAAUUGAAACAACACAAGCUAAUUCAUAUCAUGGAUUUUUACCAGCACUUGUACGACAAUGUAUUGAUAAAUUAACUGAUGAUAGUAAUGAAAGAUUUCCUCAAUCAUUAUCAACAGCAUUAUUUUCAUUUCUUUAUCAUUUGGCAUCUUAUGAAACAGGUGGUGAUGCAUUAGUUAAUUGUGGUAUAAUGCAAUCAUUAAUUAAAGUUGUUAAUUAUUAUGAUGAAUCUCAAGACUUUAUUAUGUUUGUUACUCGUGCUGUUCGUGUUAUUGAUUUAAUUACAUCAUUAGAUAUAACCUCAUUUCAAACAAAUAAUGGUUUACAAGCAUUUAUUAAUCGUUUAGAACAUGAAAUAACACAAUGUCGAAAAGAACAACCAUUUAUAAUUCGUAUACCAAAACGUACACAAGGAACACCAACAACAAAUCUUGAUACACAUCCACCAUUAUCACCAAGUGCACGAUCAGAUAUAUCUGGUGAACAUCCAACAUUAACAGCAACAACACCAAGUCAUGUAUCUAGAGAUAUGGAUACAAGUGAACUUUUAGAUGAAAAUCAUGAAUUAAUGCCAAAUAGUCCAGUACCUGGUUUAACAUGUUAUCAUCAACGUGCUGCAUUACUUAAAUCUAUAUUAAAUUAUUUAAAACGAGCUUUUACUGAACCAACAAUGGCCGAUACAACACGUCAUAUAAUGGAUGGUUCAUUACCAAAUUCUUUAAAACAUAUAAUAAGUAAUGCUGAAUAUUAUGGACCAUCAUUAUUUCAUUUAGCAACUGAUGUUGUUACAUCAUUUAUAUUUCAAGAACCAUCACAAUUAUCAUCAUUACAAGAUAAUGGUUUAACUGAUGUAUUAAUGCAUGCACUUUUAAAAAAAGAUGUACCAGCUGCACGUGAUGUUUUAGCAUCAUUACCAAAUAUAUUUAGUGCAUUAUGUUUAAAUACACGUGGUUUAGAAAAUUUUAUGGAAUAUAAACCAUUUGAUAAAUUAUUUUGUGUUUUAUUAUCACCUGAAUAUUUACCAGCUAUGAGACGACGACGUGGUAAUGAUACACUUUAUGGUACAGCAUCAAGUCUUGGUAAUGCUGUUGAUGAAUUAAUGAGACAUCAAGUUAGUUUACGUACAGAAGCUAUGAAAUCCAUAAUAACAUUACUUGAACAACUUGUUGAAUUAGGAAAUAAUCCUAAAUAUUGUUGUCAAAAACCACAUUCAUCAUCAUCAUCAACAACAACAACUAAAUUAACAGAUACAAUACGUACACAACAUCGUACUGUACGUACAACAAAUGCAACAAAUACAAAUACAGGUGGAAAUGAUAGAAAUUCAUCUGAUGAUGAAUAUGAUGAUGAUGAAGCAACAAAUGAUGAAGCACCAUUAGCUAAUCGAUCAGUACAAUCACAACAACAGCAACCACCAUUAACAACCACAGCUACAACUACAACAGCAGCAACGACUGAAACAACAACAAAUAUUCCAAUAGUACUUAAUCAAACAUUAUUAAGUGAAAAAAAAUCAGAAGAUGAAACUGCUCCAAUAGCUGUACCAUUACUUGAUUAUAUAACAAAUAUCAUGCGUUUUGUUGAAGGUGUUAUUAGUAAUAAUACAACUGAUGAUCAUGGAAAAGAAUUUGUUAAAUUAGGUGGUUUAAAACCUUUACUUGAUAUUUUACAAAUGAAAAAUUUACCUAUUGAUUUUCCAUCAAGUCCAGCUUGUCAAUGUGUUGCUGCACUUUGUAAAUCAACACUUACUCUUUUAGUAAAAGAUAAUAAAUUAAUUGAAAUGGUUAUAACAAAUCUGGAUACAAUAUUAAAUUCUUUAACAGAUUUUUAUUCAAAUCGUACAUAUGAUGGUUCAUUAUUAAUUGAAGAAUUAGCAUGUGCUGUAUCAUCAUCAACAACGGUAUCAAUUGAUCCAAUGGAUGCUAUUAAUCAAUCAUCAUUAACACCUAUACUUCAUCAAUUAUCUAUUGUACAUUCUCAUAUAUCGUUAUUAAUAUCAUUAUGUAAAAUAACACAAAAUGAAGUACGUAGUAUAUUAAUUAGUUUUUGGGGUACAGAAACUGGUAUACGUGUAUUAAAAAAUUUAAAUAAAUUAUGUUUAACAUUAAUAUGGGAAAGUUCAAUAUUAUUAUCAUUAUGUUCAUCGGAUACAAAUAUAAUUGAUCAACAAUUUAAUAAAAAUGAUUUAUUAAAACUAUUUCCCUUAAUAAAUGAUUUAACAAAUACAAUAUCACCAUUACAAAAUGUUUCAACACAAUUAAAUGAUUUAACAACAAAUGAAAUCACACGUACAUUUGAUAUUGAUGAAAUUAUGUCAAUGGAUACAAGUGAUUUUACUAAAUUAAAAUUAAAAUUAUCAUUUAAUAUACAACAACGUAUUAAAACAAUAAAACCAUUAUUAUGUGUUUCAUCUAAACUUGGUCGUGCAUUAAGUGAACUAUAUAAUUUACUUGUUAAACAAUGUUCAACAUCACAAUUAAGACAUGCAAGACGUUUUAAUCAACCACCAACACCUUAUAUACCGACAGCAGCUGCAAAACUUGUUGCAUCAACAUUGACUGAAGUGUUACGUGAUGGAUUUUUAUUUCAUCUACCAGGAAAUGUUAAUCUAUCGGAAAGUCAAAUUGAAAAAUUUCGAUUAACAUUUUUUGUUUGCACAAUAGGUUUUGCUACUCCUAUGUUAUUUGAUGAACGUCGUCGUCCUUAUAUGUUGAUGUUACAGCAAUUUGAAUUAUCUAAAGCUCAAGAUGCACUUUUUUCUUCACUUGAAUGGACACUUGAUUUAAUUAAUCGUCAAUCAUUAACAACCGAUGAUCAACAAACAUCAUCACAAACUAAUAAUACAUAUGAUGCAUCACCAACUGAAUUUCUUAAUUCAGCAUUAAUGCUUAUAUUACGUUUAGUUAAUGUUAAAUCUAUUCUUGAUUCUCCACAUUCAAUACCUAAAAAACCACAAACAGAACGUAGUUAUUUUAUUCCAUUUAAUCCAUUACAUUAUUUAGCUUUAACACAUAAAUGUGCAUUUCAUAUAUUAACAAAUUCAUGUUCUGUUCUAUGGGAUAAACCAUAUUUAUUAAAAGAUCAUGCAACAAAAAUAAUCGAUAGUAUAUUAUCAAUAUUUUGUCAUAUAUUACGUGGUGAAUCACAAAUACAAAAAAAAUUACAAGAAGAAGAACAACAACAGCAACAACAACAAAAUUUAACAACAACAGCAGCAUCGACAGCAACAUCGUCAUCAACGGUCAUGCCAGCCAAUGACAUAACUCAACAACAAUCAAAUACAGAUACUGAUCUACCUGGUUCAUCAGCAUUAAUACCAAAUGCAUCAACACAAUUAAAUGAAGAUCUUAUACAAUCUAUAACAAUGAUGGGUUUUUCACGUGAACAUGCUAUUGAAGGUUUAUUACAGACAAAUAAUAAUCUUGAAUUAGCUGUUGAUUAUUGUGUUAAUCAUCCACAAGCUGUUACAGCACCACAAACACAAACAAAUCUACCUGAUAUGGAUGCUGAUAUGGCACGUGCUUUAUUAUUAUCAUUAGGACAAGAUGUUGAUGAAGCAUCAUUAGCUAAUCCAAUAGCUGCAUUAGCUGCAUUAUCAAGAGAAAAUAAUAAUAUAAAUGAAAUAACUUCAGCAUUAUCUUCAAAUUUACCAACAACAACACCAACAACAAAUAUAGAUUCAACAGUACAAAAUCAAACAUUAGUUGAAAAUUUAAAUCAACAAAAAUCUUCACCUAUUAUUGAAUCAUUAUCAAAAGAAUCUGUUGAUCGUUUUACAGAUUCAAUUAUGUUAAAAAUUCUUGAUAUAUUACCUGAUACUGUCUAUAAAAUGUGUGAACUUGUUGUAACAACUAUGCACCGUAAUGGUAUAACAUGGCGUGAUCAUUUUCUUGAAAUAAUAGCAAAUGAUAUAAAAACAAGUUAUUUAUAUUUAAUUGAUUUAUUAGAUAAAAAUUAUUUAAAUCAACAAAAUGAUGAACAAUCAAUAUUAGUAUUUUUAAAUGAUCAUCAAAAUUCUGUUUUAUUUAGUCGAACAUUAUUAAUGUCAUUAUUAUUUGAAGAAAUGCCAUUUCCAUGUGCACGUAUAGCUGAAAAAUUUUCAUUAAUUAAUUAUUUUUGUAUAUUAAUACAUCGUACAACGGAUUAUUUAAUUAAAUUUAAUGAAAAGAAAACACCAACAUGGUUAUCACCUGUAUUUAUAUUUAUUGAUUUAUAUGAAAAAGUAUCAUUAGCAUCAAAACGUCGUUCAAUUAUAAAUCAAAAUUAUCGUAAUUAUAAUCGUGUAUGGCAAUGGUUUGAUGAACGUGCUGUUAAAUGGAAUAAUUAUUCAUUAGCACAUAAUAAACAAAUUGAUGAUGCAUAUGCUAAUGGUGAACCAUCAUGUAAAAUAGUUAUACAACGACGAAAUUAUCUUAUACAAUUUAAUACAAUGUUACAAACAAAUGAAGAUACACAUAAUAAACGACCAAUAAUGCUUACAUUUACAAAACCAACACCAAAAACAAAUACAGAUAGUUCAACACAAGUACCACCACCACCACCACCAACAUCAUCAUCAUCAUCAAGAAUAUUUUCAACAUCGGAUACAAGUGAUGAUGAUGACGACGAUGAUGAUCAUGAUCAUCAUCAUCAACAACAUGGACAAGGUGUUGCAAUUAAUUCCAAUGAUACAAAAAUGGAAACAGACCAACAACAACAACAACAACAGCCACAAGAAAAUGAUAUAACAACAAUAUCAAUUAUUGAAUCAUUAGCUGAUGAUCAUGCAUUAUUAUUAACAAGUGAUUGUGUUUAUUUAAUACGUAUGCCUGUUGAUCCUGAUGCUAUACAUGCAUUAUUACGUCUUAUAUUACGUUUAACACGUGAUUAUAAAUAUGCACGACAAUUUGCUCAAUCAGGUGGUAUACAAGCUAUAUUAAGUUUAACACAAGCAUCAUCAUUUCAAGGUUGUGCAUCAUUAAUAACAUUAAUAUUUCGUCAUAUUAUGGAAGAUGAUAGUAAUUUACGUUUAGCUAUGGAAAAAGCUAUACGUCAAGCAUUAACUGGUAAUCAUGGUGUAUCAAUUGGUGUACAACCAGCAUGUCCUGGUUCACAUGAACUUAAUGUUAUUUUACGUAUACUUGGUCCAGCUAUGACACGUGCACCAGAUAUAUUUUUAGAUGUUGCAUCAAAUGUUUUACAAUUAUUACCACCAUCAGCUAGUCGUUUAGCUGGUUCAUUAAGUCGUUUUACAAAUCCAUUUUUAACUGAGGAUGAUCAUCAUACACAAACAAAUUUACCAAUGGGUCCAUUAAUAUUACAAGCACGACCAGCAACAAGUCAAACAACAACAUCCGAACAAAAUUCACAAAUACGUACAACACGACCAAUAACAACAACAACCACAACAACAACUACAGCUGAUACAGUUGGAGAAUUAGCUGAACGUUUAUUAGUUGAUUUACUUGAUUUUCUUUUAACAAAUGAUGAUAAUAAUAAUAAUAAUAAUAAUUCAAAACGUUUAUUAUCUAAAUCAACUGUUUUACGUAUAUUAGCUGAAUUAAUACGUUCAUAUGCAAAUGUUGCUAAACUUGUAUCAACAAAAACAUUUCAAUUACAAGAUAAUCAAACAUGUUCAGCAUUAUCCUAUAUACUUGAUAGUUUAUUACCGGGUACAAAUAAUCAACAAAUUGAUUAUGAUAAAGAUAUACCAGCAUUAUGUCGUCUAUUUCUUGUUGCUAUGGCUGCAUGUAAUCAUUGUUUAGAAUCACAAAUGAAUUUAGUUAAUGAAGUUAAAAUGUCAUUAAAUAAAAUUUUAAUUUUACCUGAAUGUGAUGAAAAACAUAUGAAAUUACAAGCAUUAGCUAAUAUAAUUAAUACAAUGAUUGAAUCAUGUCCAGCACCAAAUACAUCAGCACCACAACAAGGACAACAUCGAAUGUCACAAUCAAUUAUAAAUAAUAUGAUUAAAAUUAUGUAUAAACGUGGUCUAAUUAAUGAUUUAGCUAAAAUGAUUCAUAGUAUUGAAUUAUCAAGUCCAAAAUUAGCUGAUACUGUUAAUGCUGUACUUAAACCAAUGGAAACAUUAUCACGUGCAAUUAAUUAUGCAACAUCAUUACAUGUACAAAGUGGUACACGUCCACAUACAACAAGACAUCCAACAACAGCAACAACAAAUGAAACAAAUGCUACAACGACUAUUCCAUCAUCAUCAUCAACAACAACAGAUUCAACAGUACCUAUUCAAGAACAAACAAUUAUAAGAAAUGAUGAACAAUCAACAACGACAACAACAACAACAACAACAAUUGAUUCAUCUCGAACUACUGAACAACAACAACAAACGUCAACUGAUUCAACACUUGUACCUAUACAAAAUGAAAACCGUUUAUCAACUGAUAAUACAAAUCUAAAUAAUAAUAAUACAUCAUUGAAUUCAGCUAAUCAAGUUCAAUUAAGUAUUAGUCAAGAAGAAUUAUUAAAUGCAACGGAUAUGGAACCUGUUGCAGGCUUACCACAAGAUGUUGAUAUAUUUGAAAGAAAUAUUCAUGGUGCAGCUAGACUUUCAACUGAUGAAGAAGAUGAUGAUGAAGAUGACGAAGAAGUUAGUAUUGAAGAUGAUGAUGAAGAUGAAAAUGGUCCUGUUGGAACAAUUAAUGUACAAUUUGAUGUUACACAUGCUCUUGAUAAUACACAUGAUAAUGCAUCAAGUUCGAGUUCAACAACAACAAGUGCUGAUCAUGAUGAUGAAGAAGAUGCUGAAGAAACUGAUAGUCCUGAUGAAGAUAUGGAUAUGGAAAAUGGUAAUGGAAAUGAUCGUGAACCACAACAUCGCUAUAGUGAUGAUGAUGAAGAUAUCACAAGUGAAGAAGAAGGUGAUGUCCGUUUAACAGGUCCAACAUCAUCAGGUGAACAACAUGAUGAUGAACAUGAUGAUGAUCUUGAUGAAGAUAGUGAUAAUACUGAAAGUGAUGAAACACAUACGGGUGAUGAAUUAGAUGAAACUGAAGGUCCUACAAUUGAUAUACAUAUUGAAACAGCAUCAAGUCAAUCGACUGAUGAAAAUAUGACAACUAAUAAUGAACGAACUGAUCAAACAAAUGAAGCAGGUGAUAAUAUUAAUGCUGAUACAGCAAAUAAUAAUAAUAAUCAAGAAGAUGAUGAAGAAGAUGAAGACGAAGAAGAAGAAGAUGAAGAAGAACAAGAUGAAGAUGAAGAUGAUUUUGCUGAAGAUGAUGAUGCUGCUGCUGAAGAUAUUGAAGAUAUGGUUGAACGUGAUAUGGAUGCAGCUAAUGCUUGGCAAGAUGAUGAUGAUGAAGAAGAAGAUGAAGAUGAUGAAGAUGAAAGUACUGAAUUUGAAGAUGAUGAUGGUGAUAUUGCUGACUAUGUCACUGAAAUGGAACUUGAUGAAGAAGUUCUUUCAGAAAUUCGUAAUAAUCUUAUGUCACCAACUGAUAUUGAUCCCAUUUUAAUAUCUAAUCUUCAAGGUGUUCGAAUUCGUGCAAGUGGUUAUCCAUCAUUUCAUGGUAUCAAUGAUACAGUUGAUCCAGCUCUUCCACCGCCACCAAUCAGUGUUCCUGCUCUACAUCCAUUACUUGUUCAUCAUGCUGAUAAUCAGUUAAGUUCUGGUGCUUUUUCACGUUUUCGCCAACUAGGUACCACAACAACCACCACAACAGCACCAAAUCAAGCAAAUAUAAAUGUUUUAACAACACAAGCAAAUCCAGCAUCAACAUUAACAUUUGGCCAACAAAAUGGACCAACAAUGCUUACUGGACAAACAGCAUUAACUGUACAACAACAAAUUAAUCAACAAGCACAAAGAAAUCGUACAACUCGAACAUUAUUUAUCCCAGGUGGUACAACAACAUUUGGUCGUGUAGCAGCUGGCGGUUUCGCUGAAUAUCUUCAACAUGCUAAUCAACUUGAUGUUGAUCCAUUAACUGGUUCAGCAUUAACAAAUAAUGGUAAUCUACCAGGUACAGCAACAGCACGUAUACUUGUUGGUAAUGGUGCUGAUUCUGAUGCAUUACGAUUUUUACAUGAUCAAAUGUUAAUGGAUAUAGCACCACAAGCUAAUGAAGGAAAUGAAAAUAUUGAUGGUACAAAAAUUUAUAUGAUACGCACACCAUUAGCACGUUGGAUUGAAGAAAGUGUUGUACUUGAUGGACCAUAUGUACAUGAUACUGUCUUAGCAUUGAAAUCUAAAAUAACUGAACCAUUAGAAAAACAAUAUGAAGCAGAAUUACAAGUUGUUUUAGCUAAAAAAGCUAAAGAUGAUGAAGAACGUAAGAAACGUUCAGAUGAAAAAGCACGACAAGAUGCUGAACGUGCACAAGCAGCAGCUGCGGCUGCAGUUGCAGCUAGUGCUGGAUCAACAUCAACUACUACAAAUGAUCAACAAUCAACAGAAAAUACAACAACAACAACAACAACAACAACUAGUGAACCACUUAUAUCAGUAACAUCAUUUAAUGAUGACGUUAAUCUUCGUCAAGAAGAAACAUUACUUUCACCACAAUUACAACGUUCUGCACAAUUACAUGCAGCUGCCGCUGCUGCUGCGGCUGCUGCUGCUGAAACAAAUCAAGAUAUGAAUACAACUCCUAUAUCAUCAACUAAUGAUGAAUCAACACCAAUGAAUUUACAACCAGGUGGACAAGCCACUAGUGAUGCUGGUACAAGUCCAUUACCAACUGAAAAUAUGUCUACUGAUGGUCAAUCACCUGGUCAAUUAGCAACAUCACCUACAACAUCAAUGGAAAUAAAUCAUCCAUCACCUAUAAGAGAAAAUCCAAUUGAACAACAACAACAAGAACAAGUAACAAUUCAACCAGAAACGGCAACAACUGAACAAGUUUCUUCAUCAACUACAACUGAACAACUAGCUGCAACUGCUACUGCUGCUUCUGCUUCUGCAGUAACAACAGCACCACCAGUUGAACCUGAAGUUGAAUGGACAACAUUAGUUAUUGAUGGUCGUGAAUUUCGUGUACCAAGAGCUUUAGAAAUUGAUCCAUCAUUUUUAGCUGCUUUACCUGAAGAAAUGCGACAAGAAAUUUUAACUGAUCAAGUACGAAAUUUUGAACGUGAAGAAAAUCAACGACGUGCACAACGUGCUGCUGCUUAUGCUGCAGCUAAUCCUACAGCAAAUUUAAAUUCACAAACAAUUGAUGGUAUGAAUAAUGAAAAUUUAUCAUCACGUACAAAUCAAACAACAAGUGAAGCUGUUAUUGGUGAAAUGCUUGGUGAAAUUAAUCCAGAAUUUAUUUCAGCAUUACCACCUGAAAUACGUGAAGAAUUAUUAGCUGAACGUCGUCGUACAGCAGCAACAAUGGCUGCUAUGAAUGGUGUUAAUUUACCUGAUAGUGGUCCAGCUGAAUUUUUACGUACUUUACAACCACAUUUACGUCAACAAGUUCUUGCUGAUAUGGAUGAAAGUCAAAUAGGUGCAUUACCAGAAGAUAUAGCUAAUGAAGCUCGUGCAUUACGUGCUGCUAUGGAAACUCAACAACAACAAUAUUUACGUGAACGUAUGGUACGUAAUCAUCAUGAUAUGAUGAAUAUGUUAACAAAUAAUACACAUCAUAGUACACGUCCAAUACGCAUGUAUAAUUUUCGUGCAUUACAAGAAGCACGUAAUAAUCGUACAGAUAGACAACCAACAAAUUGGUAUUCAUUACGUACAGGUGCAAAUGCAGGUGAUUUAAAUAGUAAUACAUCAACAAUAGGUUCACGUGGUCGACAAUUACUUGAUUAUGAAUCAAUAUGUUGUCUAUUAAUAUUAUUAUUUAUUGAUGAUACACGUUUAAAUUUUGCACGUUUACAAAAAGUUUUAAAAAAUUUAUGUCAUCAUACACAAACACGACAAUGGAUUAUAAAAGCAUUAUUAUCAAUUAUAAAUAAAAGUACGGGACGUACUGAAUAUGAUGGACCAUUAACAUCAACACCUGGUGCACCAACACUUUUAUUAAAAAAUCCACCAAUUAAUAAUCAAAUACAAACACAAAUAACAACAACAACAACAAAUACUAAUAAUAAUGGAAAUGAAAUUCAACAAAUAAAAAAUAUUAAUCCAUCAUGGUUAACAAUUAAUUUUGAAAGUGCAUUUGGUGCACGUACUAAUGUUUUUAAAAUUCAACGUAUUGGUCAUACGAAACGUCAUGGUUCAAUGCAAAUAUCUGUACAUGCACAAGCAUGUCCUAUUGUUUGUCGACAAGUACUUGAAUCAUUAAUUAUAUUAGCAAAAAAUUUUCCUGAACAAUUUCUUCCAUUACCAAUAAAUAAUACUAAUGAAUCACAACAACAAUCAGCAAUAGUAUCAUCAAAUGAACAAACAAUUAAAAAUACAUCACCUGAUAAACAAUUGAUAGCAACACCAUCAAAAACUUCUCCAAAUAUACGUGAUUUAUCAUUUUGGGAAUUAAUUCUUAAAUUAGAUCAAUCAUUUAAUAAUCGUUCAAAUCGUUCAUCAACUAAUCCAUUACAAAAUAUAUCAUCUAUUGUUAUUACAAAUACAACAGCACCUACUACUGCUACCAUAAAUGUUACUACUACUAAUAAUAAUAAUAAUCAUCAACGAACAACAUUAACAUUAAAUAUAAAUAAUAAUGAAAUUGAUUUUGAAUCAUCACCAUUAGCUGCAUUAUUACUUAUGCUUGAUCAUCCAAUAUUAAAUAAAAAUAAUCAAUUAAUGGAUAAAUUAUUUAAAUUACUUUCAAUUAUAUCACAAAGUUUUCAAGUACAUAUUAUAACAAAAAAAGAAGUUUCACCAUUACCAUUAGCUACAUCAACACCUAUGACAACUGAACCACCAAAUCAACCAACAACAACAACAACAACAACAGCAGCACCAGUACCAGCAACAACGACAACAAAUACAAUUCAACAACAAACAAAUAAUCAAACAUUAACAACAAAUACAAAUAAUAAAUUAGUUGUAUCCGAUGAUCAAGUUGUUUUAGGUUCACACUUAGAUUUAGUUAUUAAAGCAUUAAUAUCAAAAUCAUGUACAGAAGAUGGUCUUGAAUUUGCAACUAUACUUUUAUUAAAUAUAUCGAAAAUUAAUCAAGCUACACGAGAUAAAGUUUUACAUUUAUUACUUAAUGGUAUUCGUUUAUUAGGCAAAGAUGUUAGCGAAGAAAUUAAACAAUUACAUGGUGAAGUACAAGAUUAUUUAUCAAAAAAUAAAUCCACAACAACAACAGGCAAUGAUGAUGAAUCAUCAAAUACAGGAAUAGAUGAAUCUACAAAAUUAUUUGAUUCAUAUAAAAGUAUACGUUCUAAUACACUUACAUCAACAACUGUUGAUCCAAAUGCCAAACAACAAGAUUUACAAUUACCAGCUAUGGUUAUGUUAACAUCUAAAACUGCAAAUCAACAAUUUUUAUUACGUAUUCUUAAAGUUAUUAUACAAUUACGUGAAGCAACAAAAAAAGAACAACUUGAUGCUCAAACACAUUUUGAAAGUGAACUUCAUACAUUAACACGUCGUCUUGAUACAUUACGACAAUCAUUACGUUCACAUAUACCAACUGAUAAUAAUAAUUCACAAAAUGAAAUUUUACAACCUAUUGAUGAUUUAUCAAAUCGUUUAGAACAAAUGCGUACACGUUUACAAACAAUAUUAAAUUCAAAUACAAUUGAACAACGUCAACAAUUAUUUUCACAACGUGAAACAAUAAAUGAUAUACAAGAUAUAUAUCGUUUAAUUCGACAACUUGAAUCAUUAAUUGAAAAUUUUCAUGAACCAACAUCAACAUCAACAACAACAGCAACAACAACAACAACAACAACAAUGACAUCACGUAUAAAUGAUGUUUUACAAACUAUACCACCAUUAUUUCCACAAAUAAUUGAACCAAUGGAUAUUGGACAAUAUUUACCAACACAACAAGUAAAAUUAAGUGAUUUAUUAAAUAUAAAUCAAUUAUGGGAUUCAUUAAGUGAUUGUUUAUUAUCAUUAGCUAAAUUACCUGAUCCACAUGCUGUUUUAGUACUUCAACCAGCAGUUGAAGCUUUCUUUCUUGUACAUGCUGCUGAUUUAGAUAAUGAAAAUGAUAAAACAAAUCGAAAGAAAAAAGAUCGUGAAACACGUGAAGCAUUAUCACAUUUAGAAUGUUUUGGUCCAGCACCAACAACAACAUCUGAUGAACAAUCAAUAAAUGAAACAUCAACAACAACAGCAACAGCAACAGCAACAAAUGAUACAUCAACACCAACACUUGUUUUACGUACAAAUAGUGUACAAUCAAUAUCAACAAAUGAUUUACCAUUAGAUGCACAAAAAUUUGUUGAAUUUGCACGUACACAUCGUACUGUAUUAAAUCAAAUAUUACGUCAAAGUACACAACAUUUAAGUGAAGGACCAUUUCAUAUAUUAACAGAUUAUACAUCUAUACUUGAUUUUGAUGUUAAAAGAAAAUAUUUUCGUCAUGAACUUGAUCGUUUAAAAGAAAAUAUACGUGGAGAAGAUUUAGCUGUACAUGUUCGACGUAAUAAUGUAUUUGAAGAUUCAUAUAGAGAAUUAAGUCGACGUUCACCUGAAGAUUGGAAACAUAGAUUUUAUAUUGUAUUUGAUGGUGAAGAAGGACAAGAUGCUGGUGGUCUUUUACGUGAAUGGUAUUCAAUAAUAGCACGUUCAAUGUUUGAUCCAAAUUAUGCUUUAUUUAUGAUUAAUCCAGGUGAUCGUGUUACAUAUAUGCCUAAUCCAUUAUCACAUUGUAAUGCAAAUCAUUCACAAUAUUUUAAAUUUAUUGGACGUAUUAUAGCUAAAGCUAUAUUUGAUAAUAAAUGUAUGGAUUGUUAUUUUACACGUUCAUUUUAUAAACAUAUACUUGGUAUACCUGUACGUUAUACAGAUAUGGAAUCAGUUGAUUUACAAUUUUAUAAAAAUUUAGUUAUGUUAUUAGAAAAUGAUAUACAUCAAUUAGGUUUAGAUUUAACAUUUUCAUUAGAUGCAAGUGAAUUUGGUGUUAAUAAAGUUAUUGAAUUAAUAACAAAUGGUUCAACUAUAGUUGUAACAAAUGAAAAUAAACAUGAAUAUGUUCGACUUGUUUGUCAAGAAAAAAUGAUUGGUUCUAUUCGACAACAAAUUAAUGCAUUUUUAGAAGGUUUUUAUACAAUUAUACCAAAAAGUUUAAUAUCAAUAUUUAAUGAACAAGAAUUAGAAUUAUUAAUAUCAGGUUUACCAGAUAUUGAUAUUGAAGAUCUUAAAGCAAAUACAGAAUAUCAUAAAUACAGACCAAACUCUUUACAAGUUCAAUGGUUUUGGCGUGCAUUGCGGUCAUUCGAUAAAGAAGAUUUAGCAAAAUUUUUACAAUUUGUUACAGGUACAUCAAAAGUACCAUUACAAGGUUUUGCUCAUUUAGAAGGUAUGAAUGGUGCACAGAAAUUUCAAAUACAUCGUGAUGAUCGAUCAACUGAUCGUUUACCAUCAGCUCACACUUGUUUCAAUCAACUUGAUCUCCCAGCUUAUGAAAGUUAUGAUAAAUUACGUAAAAUGCUUUUAAUUGCAAUCCGUGAAUGUGCUGGAUUCGGAUUCGCUUAA